AUGUCUCUGGCGACGCAGUUCCUCACCAGCAUCCGUGGCUUCGUCAGUCGACAGGACGGCGCGGCGCUGCGCGACUGGCUGCAGGUGGACCGCGGCGCGUCGCCGCAGUACUGGACGCUGGCGCAGGAGCUCCGCGUCGGUUUCCGUGACGAUGCCGCCGUCAGCAGUCUGGUCGACCGUUGUCUGCCGACGGACGAGGAUGACGGCAGCGAGGGAGGCGUGCCGUGGCCGGGUCUGGUCGCGUUUGUGCGUGACUACAUGCUGUACUGGCGAGGCGUGGACUUUGACGAUCUGCCGGCUUUGCACGUUCUCCUGAGUGGACUUUUAACUUCUGCGGCCACGGCCCUGUCCCAUCCCACACACGGCACCCUCAUGCUCGAGACCGGCGUGGCCGUGGCCGAGUCGCUAGCUCGCCUCGUCAUGGUGCUGCAUCGCCGGCCAGAUCUGAUGCGACGGAUGCGGCCAGCCGGCGCCAAUGCGGCAGCACCGGCCGGCGGCAGCACCGGCGACGAGGAGCGCAAGUCGCUGAUGGAAAACACGGCCGACGCAAUCCAGAAGCUGUUCACGACCUGUCUGAUUGAUCGGUCAAGCAGCCGAUGGAGCCGGCCGGAAGGCAAGAAGACGGCCGUCUACCGGCUGGCCAAUCUGGUGCUCAAACUACUCUUUGCCGGCAACAAGGCACGCUGGGCCGUUCAGAUGUUCACCAACAUCGCGUCUACUGGCCCGCCACUGGCCCUCUAUCCGGCCGCGCAGCGCGUCACCUAUCUCUACUAUCUCGGCCGCUUCUUCCUCGAGAACAACAACUUCGCCCGCGCUGCUCUCUGUCUCGACGACGCCUACCGCCAGACCCCUCCGGCCUGUCUCCGUCAUCGUCGCCUCAUCCUGGCCUACCUCAUUCCCGCUAACAUGCUGCUCGGCCGCUUUCCCUCCGACGCCCUGCUGCUCCGCCCCGAAGCUGCCGACCUGCUUCGACCCGUCUUUGCUCCCAUCGUCGCCGCUGUCCGUCGCGGCAACUUUGUCGCCUUUCACAUUGCCCUCCGCCAGCAUGAGCCCUGGCUCUUUCGCCGUGGCCUCCUCGCUACCCUCGCCUAUCGCCUCCGUCCCCUCCUCUGGCGCUCGCUCGCUCGCAACACCUUUAUCCUCACCUAUCAGCCUCCUGCUGACCCCGACUCUUCCAAUAAUACUCGUCGUCCUGCUCCUACUCUCGACCUCGCCGACCUCCUCACUGCUGCCACCCUUGCCCAGCACCAGCUCGAGGGCUGGAUCCCCGUCGCCCCGGCUCCUCGUCCUCGUCCUCCUCACACCAACACCCUCUUCCUUCGUGCCGUCGCCAACACCACGGCCGAGAACAUCAGCCGCAACCCCCCCUCCAGCACCCUCGCUGCCCCCCCUGGCGGCCCUCGACGUCUGCGGCCUAGCGAAGGCCUCGUCUGGGGCAACCUCCGCGUCACCCUCGCCGACGUCGAGAGCAUCGUCGCCUCCCUCGUCGCCCAGGGCCUCAUGCACGGCUUCGUCGCCCAUGCUGCAGCCAAAUUUGCCGUCGUCGGCGCCAAGGCAAAGGGCAGCGCCCUUCUCGCUGGCUGGCCGCCCGUUGCCAAGGUCCUACGAGAUCGCCUUGCUGAAGAGGGCGUCGAUCUGCUCAGUGUGCCCGCCUGGGUCAAGGCUCCAUAG